UGGCAGGCAGUAUAUAAUAUCUCCUUUCUUCUUCCCAAUUUCUUCGUCUUCCUCUCCUCCAUUUCCAUUCGGCUGUUAUUGUUCACAAUUCCAGCUCCUAUCUCUAUCCAAUUAUCAUGUAUUUUUUCAUUAUUUUCUAUCCAUUUCUAUAUCUGAUGUAUGUAUAGAUAUCUACAUAUGUAUAUAUAUAUGUAUGUACAAUUAUAUUAGUGAUCUAAAGCUAACCCUAGAUCGUGAUUUCCACCUUGUUCUUGUUUCUACUUCUUCUUUUGUUGUUGUUGCUGUUGUUUAUUAGUUGCUGAUUAUUUGGGUUAAUAAGUAUGAGGAAAAUUCGAGUUAUUUGUACCGAUCCAUAUGCUACAGAUUCUUCUUCCGAUGAGGAGGAGUAUGCUAGAGGCAAUCGAAGGGCUAAAUUGCCUAAGAGGAUUGUUCAUCGUAUCAUUAUCGAUGAUGAAUCUAAUGGAUUCGCCUCCGGUGAAUCGGAUGACAUUAAGGUUAGUAAGGAGAAGAUGAAGACGGUGGAUCGGAAUCAGGGGAAGAAAAUUAAGGGUGUUAGGCAGCGUCCUUGGGGGAAAUGGGCUGCUGAGAUUCGUGAUCCGUUUAAGAAAGUGAGGCUCUGGUUGGGUACUUUCGAUACUGCCGAGGAGGCACAGAGUGUCUAUGAUGCAAAGGCCCUGGAGUUUGCUGAUAGGCGGAAGGCUGAAUUGGAACAGAAGUUGGCUGUUGUUCCGAAGGUUGAUUCUCCUUUGUCGGUUCUUGAAAAUGGGUCAUGUGUUUCUCCACCUGAUAGUGGAGAAGAGGAAGAGAACGGCUGCGGUGGUUUGAAUGGUUUGAAGACUGUGAAAAUUGAGAAGGAGGGUCGUCAACAGAUCAAUGGGGAGGAGAAUCCGUUGUGGAAUCUUGGGUUAGUGGCUUCCUUGUUUGGUCAGUUUGAAGAUCUGUUGGAUAUCAAUAACAUUGAUGAUCUAAGUAUGGCGACCAUUGAAGAAAAUUUAGAAGCUAACCGAGCUUAACUCUACUUUACCGGCUGUCAUUUGUGAAUAUAUCAUCCUAGCUAGAUUAUCUUUUGAGUUUGAAAAGUGGAUGAUGAAGACCCACCACCAAGAAGAAGCAAUCAUCAGGUGAAUUAUCUUUUGCUGUUGUAAGUUUCCAUUUGGGUGUGGUGUAAGGUAUCUUAUCAUGUUCUAUUCAUCCAAUCCAAUCCAGCACCUUCCAGUUUUCUCUCUUAAUUUAUUGACAUCUUAUCCAUAUAUAUAUAUUAUAUUCAAGGCAUUUUCUAUUCUCAUUUCAA